AUGGCCACUCCAGGUGCAGGACCUAGUCGUCUGCCACCAAAGCACGUCGAGCUCCGCGCACAGACAAACAAGGACGGCGAAGCCAUCUCUCGCCUGUAUCGUCUGGUGCUGCGCAGCUUCUACGACGACAAGUUCAUCGUAGUCGGCGAGCAGGUCCUCCGUUUCGGCGUGCUCCCCACUGAUGUCCUUGCAGCGCGUCUGGGCGUUCAAGCAAAGGAUGCAGCGGCUCUAGCCUCGAGACUCGUCGAUGACAGGAUGCUCUGUCACUUUAGAAGGAACGAACGAAAGGAGACACCCGCAGCCGGAGGAGGAGGCGCAAUGCUCGAGUCGAAGCUUCUCCCCCGCAACUAUUACUACUUUCAUGCUCCUUGGUUCCUUGCGAUGCUCAAGUACAGGCUUCACCAUCUGCGACUCAAGCUCGACUCAUCCAUCGUCUCCUCGAGCUACACGACCAGCUUCGUCUGCCCACGCUGCCGGUUCAGCUACUCAACGCUCGACGUUGCCCACCUGCUGGACCUGACCACCAACUCGCUCCGCUGCGAGCGUCCAGGAUGCGGAGGGGAGCUGCAAGAGGACGAAGAGGAAGGUGAUGAGACUCGCAGGGGCAAAGACCGAAUGGCUAGAUUCAACGAGCAAUGCGCGGGCAUGAUCCGCACGCUCGAAGCCCUGGAAGGAGUCCACGUAGAUAGCAUCGAGCCAGUCUCCUUCCUAGCGGAUCCCGCGAACCACAAAUGGAAGCUACUCCGCUCAGACCAACCUCGUCACCAAUUGGACCAGCAAUGGUUCGCCGAACACGCAAACGACGAGCUGCCAGAUGCAAAGGCGACAGCCAUGUCCCGCGACGCCGCUGGUAAGCCCACCAUCUCCCUCACCGACGCCACGACCUCGGCGGCGGCGCUCCAAGCUGCGAGGGAUGAGGCGGACCGACAGCGCAAAGAGAAUGCAAUUCCUGAGUGGUUGGGGAAGAGUACGGUCAGUGGUGAGGAGACUGCGCUUGGGAUCAAGGAGAGGAGGGAGAGAGAGCGUCGAGAAGGCAGAGGAGAGGGAAGCUCGAGUGGUGCCGGCACUGGUCAGAGUGGAGAUCAGGGAGAGCAAGGUCGUGGUGAGGCCGACGAGGAGGAGGACUACUACGCCCAAUACGCCAAGAUGCAGGCCGCGGAAGAAGAGGCGGCGGCGGCAGCAGCGACGUCCGAGAGUAAGACGAAUGGCGCCACGAAGCGGGAGCGCUCCAGCGAGGCUGAAGGUCGCGACGAUAAGCGCGUAAAGAGGGAAGAGCAGAGCAAGCCCGCGGACGAAGUCACGGCUGUUGAUGCUCCCGAUGACGACGAAGAGCUGGAAGACCUCGAUGAAGUCGCUUGA